UUAUAUGUUUAGAAGCUUUUGGUUUUCCUUUCUUUUUUUUAAUUUUAUUAUUAUUAGUAAAGCCAUGUUGUCGACUGUUCCGACUACUUUUUUCUCCGAUUCGAUACUUGACAGCGAUCUAUUUCCGGCUUUCGAAAGCGGCUUCACGCCGUGGGAUUGCUCGGAUUUUUUUUCCAAUUCCCCGUCUAUAGGGCCCGUAAUAUCGGCGUCCGGUUCAGAUGAACUAAACCAAAAUCAAACCAACUCGAACUCAUCCGGUUUGGUUGAACCAAACCAACCUGUUCCCAUCAUCGACGAACGAAAGAGGAGACGCAUGAUAUCGAACCGGGAAUCAGCCAGGAGGUCACGGAUGCGUAAACAGAAGCAUUUAGAAAACUUAAGGAACGAGGUGAACCAGUUUAGAAUUGAGAACCGAGAACUGACCAACAGGUUGAGGUUCGUUUGGUACCACUGUCACCGUGUAAGGACAGACAACCGUCGGCUCCACUCUGAAUAUAGUAUGCUCCGACAAAAACUAUCAGACCUACGUCAAAUUUUGUUAUUCAAGCAACUGCAGCAGUUUUCAUCUGCAUGGCCAUGCAAUAACGUUGCUAUCAUGUCUGAACAAAUCCCACCAUUAAUCACUUAAAUAUUUACAUAUUCUUAAACUUACAAGAAUGGCAUCAUUAAAAUCCUCUCAUAUGACAACAAAUUUAGCCCUAGCUGAUCUUAUUUCUCUAUCUCUCUCAUCUCUUUCUGUAAAUUAUAAAGGUAUCAGAGAAAGAAAAAUGGUGCGUUUUUUUUUUCAGGUAAAUUAAUAUUUUUGCAAACAGGGAUGAUGAAAAGGAAAUGGUUUGUUUUGAGAAACCAGAAGCCUGUAGUGUAAGAAGGGUUAGUGAUGUUUGGUUUUAAUAAAGUUGUUUUUGUUGUUUCCUUCUUGUUUUUAGCAUUGAGAAGCCGUCCAAGUUUUAAGCUCUCCCAUUUUGCAUUUUACUCUAUACUAUAAUUUUAAAU